AAUGUGUGUGUGGCACCGAAGCACCGUCUGUGAGCAACUGUGGCUUUAUCUGGAUCCUUUGGGCACUGCACACCACACUCCUACACACAGAGGCCUUUUUUGGGAAUGGUGAUAAUGGAGAGUACAUGCUAUCUAAAAAGUUAUUAAUAACACAACAAAGGGUCCUAAAGUCUCUUUCCCACUAUUCAGUCCGUCCCUUUACCCUCUGAGACCCACCUCACUGUCCUUUUAGUAAAAUAAGUCACCUUCCCUCUGCUGCACACUGAGUCUCUCCCUACGCUUGCUUUCCUCAUUACUCGAACUCCGAUUCCCUGCUGCGCGCCUGAACGUUCCUUGCCAUGUCUGACAACGAGGAAGUGGUGGAGGAGUGUGAGGAGGAGGUGGAAGAGGAGACUACUGAAGCAGGGGAGCCGGGGAUAGAGCAGGAGGAGGAGGAGGAGGAGGUGGAAGAGCAGGAGGAGGAGGCGGCAGAGGAAGAGGCCGUGCAGGAAAUGGACGAAGAUGCUGCAGAAGAGGAGGCUAACGAAGAACGAGAUGGAGAAGAGGAAGCGGAGGACGGAGAAGAGGAGGAGGCCAAACCGAAAUUCAAGCCAUUUAUCAUGCCCAACCUCAUCCCUCCUAAGAUCCCAGAUGGAGAGAAGGUGGAUUUUGAUGAUAUACAUCGUAAAAGGAUGGAGAAAGACCUGAUGGAGCUUCAGACUUUGAUCGUGGUUCACUUUGAGAGCAGAAAGAAGGAAGAAGAUGAUAUCGUUAAUCUCAAGGACAGGAUUGAAAAGCGACGUUCUGAGCGAGCAGAGCAGCAAAGAAUCCGAAGUGAGAGAGAUAAAGAGCGACAGAAGCGUCUUGAGGAUGAGCGAGCUCGCAAGGAGGAGGAGGAGGCCAAGAGGAGAGCAGAUGAGGAUGCUAAGAAGAAGAAAACCCUCACCAGCCUCCACUUUGGAGGUUACAUGCAGAAGUUGACAGAAAAACGGAGUGGUAAGAGGCAAACUGAGAGAGAGAAGAAAAAGAAAAUCCUGAGUGAUAGACGCAAACCUCUGGACAUUGAGAACUUGAGCCAGGACAAACUCAAGGACAAAGCUAAAGAGCUGUGGGAGUGGAUGCAGGAGCUGGAGGCAGAGAAGUUUGAACUGCAGUACCAGCUCACCGGACAGAAAUAUGAGAUUAAUGUGCUGAGGAACCGAGUCAGCGACCAUCAGAAAACAUCCAAAAGGGCCAAAAGAGGCCUGAGGAAAUAACUGCAGACGUGCAGAGUGAGCAGUGUAACCAUUAGCCCCAUCCUGCAGCCACCGCCUCAAACCAAGCCCCUGGCUUCCUGCCACACCCUGGCAGUUUUCCAGUUACAUCUCACUCUGCUGUAUUCCUUUUAUUACCAAUCAUUAAAUUAGAUCCUCUGUGUUUAAGGGUGUAAAUAAAACACUCUUAGUUCAAUCAAUGA